UCCCCAGCUCCAUAAAUAUCAUCAUCGCCCAUCGGGGAAACCCAGCCACCGUAGCACCAUUUCCCUCACCUCCCCACACCUUUAAGAAUCAAGAUCCCCCACAAGAAACCAACCCCCAUGGUGACGAGAACUCUGGAGAUCGCUUGCCUUGCCCUGCUCAUGUCGACCAUCGCCGUCCAAGUUCCGUCCUUCCUCGACCAGUCAGCUACCACCGCGACAUCCGCUCAGGCUUCCCCGCUCGACGGCGCUGUACUCCAGGUCUUGCUGCCGUUGGCCGUGAUGGAGGCCCUCUUCACAGCCGUCGCUUUUCAUCUGCCGCCACGCGCACCACGCCGACGGCGCGGCGUCGGCAAUAGGGGACUCUCGGAGCUCGUCGCCUUCAUCUUAUGCUUGGCGGUUUGCCUCCUCGAGUUCUUCUUGUUCGUGCAGCCUUCAGGUGGCGUGGACGGCGGCGCGCAAGCUCGCGCGCUUGGUCUGGCUGCUGUCCGCGCGUUGCCUGCUUCUGCAACGGUGACGUUCUUUCUGGGAAUGGCGCUCAUUUACCUGCACGUCGGCACUGGCGGCGGACGUGCCGGCGGCAAUGGACCUGUCCCGGAGCCCGCCGUGCGGCUCCUCACCGAGACAACGCUCGAAGCAGCAGCAGCACUAAUCGGCAUGAUGGCCAUGGCCGUUUACACCAUAUGAUAAAGCAAACUGUAACAGGUGGCCUGGGGACUACGGGCUACACAGUCCAUGUUCAUCGUGGGGAUAUCCUGACAUUGCUGUCUAAAAUGGGAAAAAAAAUCCGUACAGUAUGCCCGAUGUAUCCGGUUUACUGGGUCUACCAAUGAACCCAUAAAAAAUGUUUACUAGUAUUAUAUUUAAAUUUUAUUAGAAUUUUAUCUAAUAUAUCUGAUAUAUCCAAUAAAUCAUAUUUACCGAUGACUUCUGAUAAAUUUUAUUUACUAGUAAGAAAACCCUAAUUGAAAUUGGUUGUGCUGGCUACCUAUGACUAUUGAAGUAGAGUCAGGGGUGAUACUUUGUGCUUGUGUGUGGCUAAUAUGGUAAAAAAGACGGUGCUGAUUACUUGUGCUA